CACAAAGGAAGUCCACUAAACCACCACUUGUUCUAACAACUUCCAACAUUACUACGGAGUAACUCUCACCUUUAAUUCGCACCCUUUUACAUUUUUUACACCUCUUUCGAUCUCCUUCAACAAUGGCUUCCCUCUCUCUCCCCAAACACUCCCUUAUUUCCACUCUCCCAACCCAAACCCAAACCCGAAAACCCAUUUCUUCUCAGAAUCUCUGCAUCCUCUCCAAUGCAACACAAUCCCAAUUUUGCGGCCUCAAAUUGUCACACACAUCUCCUCUCUCCUCACCUUUUACCUCUCGUUCUUCCAAACUUUCCGUUAUUGCUAAGGUUAAAGAAGGUACUUUGGCACCAGCAUUUAGUUUGAAAGAUCAAGAUGGAAGGAAUGUGAGCUUGUCUAAGUUUAAAGGGAAGCCUGUUGUUGUCUACUUUUAUCCUGCUGAUGAAUCCCCUGGUUGCACCAAACAGGCUUGUUCUUUCAGAGACUCAUAUGAAAAGUUUAAGAAAGCAGGAGCAGAGGUUAUUGGUAUCAGUGUUAACGAUCCAUCGUCUCACAAGGCAUUCAAAGAGAAGUACAGACUCCCUUACACUUUACUAAGCGAUGAAGAUAACAGCGUGAGAAAAGAAUGGGGGAUCCCUUCGGAUCUCUUUGGAGCUCUCCCAGGGAGACAAACUUACGUCCUUGACAAAAAUGGAGUUGUGCAACUUGUUUACAACAAUCAAUUUCAACCCGAGAAACAUAUUAACGAGACCCUCAAGUUUUUAGAGAGUCUUUGAGCAAGAUUUCUCGAUAUCUAGUGGCAGAUACUGUGGAACUGUGAAUACCUGAAUCCUUGAUUCUCUAAUGUAUGUUUUAGAUCUUCCUUCUUUGCAACUAAUUGUGAUUAUUUCUGUAUACUAAAUCACUUUAUCAACAAUUUAAAUGCAAUAAAAUUAAGUUGAGAACAUCAGUAUUCGACA